AUCCCUUUCUGGCGCAUUACAUGCCAGGCUUACACGGAAAAUCUUGGACGCAACAACCAGAGAUUUCUGCUGCGACGGCGACGACGACUACGACUGUGACUGCUGCUGGUGUUGUGUGCUGUGUGUUGUCCCUGUCGGCAGGACUUGUGUUGUAGUUUUGGUAGCACAAGCAAAUUUAUCUUAGCCCCAAUAGUAUCGAGCACAACUAGCAGAAAAGAAAAAUAAAGAAAAAAUCAAGACAAAAACAAAUACAAGUGUAGACAAUAAAAGGUCAGUGUGUUGGCUGAGCAGCAAGGAAUAUUUAAAUUGAGCUAAUCAGCAUGUGCUGCUGCUGCCGAAGCAGCGCAAAGUGCCUGAAAAUCUCAACUCCGCCCUAAAUUUGUUGUGUGUGUGCAACUUGACAUACAAAGCAGCAAGGAAAAGGCGACGCAGCAGCAUGUGGCAUGUGGCGCUGUAAUUAAUAAAACAAGUUUCUUGCAAAUUCGCAAAUAUGACGGCUGCAGUUGAGCCCAGAAUAGGCACGCGUACAGCCACAAUGGCUACCGCUAGUGCUCUGCAUUCCCUGGAUAGCUAUGAUGUGGUCUAUGACAAUCAGGAGCAUGAUGACACCAGAAGUGUUGCACAAGUGCUGGACUGGCCAUUUUUAAUCAAGGGCAUACUGGAGAGCAGCCAUACAUGUGCGCCAACCUCGCCGGACACGCUGGCCGCCUUGGUGUGGGCAAUUGUUGCGGUCUUUGGCAUUGUUUAUGCUUUACUGGGCUAUCGCUGCCUGCGCGCUGUGGGCUUCCUCAGCGGAUUGCUGGUGGGUGCCAAUGCCAUAUAUAUAUUGCAGGAUUUUCAGAUUACUUGGCUGGGCAAGCCCGCCGACUUGGUGCUGGCCAUUGUUGCGGGUCUGCUGGGUGCAGUGCUGGGCUCCACCUAUCCCGUGGCUUCGGUCCUAAUAAGCGCCUUUGCGGGUGCUCUGCUCUCCGGCGCUGCAAUGGCUAUAUGCGUGGCCACCAUGCCGGACAAUGAAUUUGGCUAUCGUGAGAUUUAUGUGGCUGUUGUGGGUGGCGCCGUUAUAUGCUCUGUGCUCACCCUCUGCUGCGUUAAAUAUGUUACCAUCCUAACCUCAAGCAUUGUAGGCACGGCAAUGAUCAUAACUGCAGUGGAUUAUUUCAUGCAUGAUCUGGAGACAAUUAACUGGGUGCUCAGCAUGAAACCACAUCCAUUGCCGCCGCCUUGCUAUGGCGGACUGCUAAUUACCGCCUGGCCUGUGACCAUAGUCAUCAGCAUCAUGGUGCAGUGCUUCAUAACAGCCUGGCGCGUGGAUCAUCGCAAGGAUUUGUACAUGCGCCACCAGCAGCGUCAUCCACAUGGCCCACUGCCACUGCCCCAUGGUCAGCCACAGGCACCAGGCAAUCCGCAUGUGCCCAUGCGGCGCGCUCAAUCGCGUAAUCGCGAAACGCGCGAGGAGGCCAGACAGCGCAAGUUCCGCUAUCUCUACCAGGUACGCACUGCUCGAGGCGAUAUCAUAUCGCAGAACUUUGUCUCGGCACUGCAGAAGCGCAUACAGCUAAGCGGCACUGAGACGCCAUCCGAGCGCUCGAUAAAGACCAGCUCGAAUGAGCGUAACACAUUCCGCAGUGAUCGUACACACUUCACCACCAUACACGAUCCGGAGCUGUGCGAUAAGUUCGAGAUGGCGCGUGACAUUGGAUAACAAACAAGCAAUAGUUACAUGUAACUAUAUCCGUAAGGGGGCUGGGUAGGCAACUCAAUAAGGCAAUGGGUCGGGGGAGAAUCACAUACAAACACAUACAUAUGCACAUACGUACGUGCGUAUGUAUGUACAUAUGUAUGAAUGAAUGAUUAGAAGUUGGAUAUGAUAAACAUACGGUUGUAGUAGCGCGUGUAGCUAACGGGAAAUUUAAGCAGUAAAACAGAUGCUAAAACAGCUGCAAGAAAUACUAAGCUUCAAAUUGAAAAGCAGGCACAAAGUGCCAACAAGAAAAGUUUGUGAAAAAAGUACUACACAAGGGAAGAUCUAAGGCGGCACAGACAACUCACCAUAUGGUGUGUAUGUGGAUGUGGUGAGAGCAAGCUUUAAAAAUCGAUAACUAUUUAUAUGCAAAGCGAUAAUUUUUGAUUUGCAUGGGUUUCGCGCAAAGCAUUUGUAGGCGUGAGAUAUUUUGUAAAAAUAUCUGAGAAUAUUCUUGAAAAAA